AUGAUCUUCUUGUCGUCGCCGUUCCCCCUAGAGCACGUUUCUGACCAACAACUCCAGCGACUGUGCGAGGUGCUUUGGAGCUGGAAGAUUUGUCUGAGCUGCAAAGCAGGACAAGGCUGCACGACACCUCAUUGCUCAUGGCCACGAUCACAAAGACUGGCCGGGUAUUUUGCAUUCUACAAGGACAUCACGGCUCUCUAUGUCCCUGAAUUCCUCCCCGGUAGCCAUCCUGCCCUAAGAAGUCACGAGGAUUUGUUCGAGAUCAUCCGAGUGCUCAAGUCUCAGCCUGAUGUGCCACGCUUCCAGCUGACGAAGCACUAUUUCUCGACUCGAGACGGCGGCAAUGCUCCUAUGCCGCCCAUUUCUGACCAGGACAGAGCUGUCAGUCUCGCUGUGAGGGCCAUGGCAAUGGUCAAAUGCUCCGCCGAGAAGCAAUCUUUGGACUUUGUCGAGCUAGGGACCAAAUCUCUGCAGUGGCGCCAAGAGAUCUCGCUCUCUCAGUUUGUGACAGAGGCAUUCCCGGAGACAAGCCACCCAGCGCUCAGUGAGAAGGACAAUACCGGCAGCUCCUUGGAGAUUAAGGCCCAGUUGACAGCACAGAGACUCAAAAAGAUUGCGGGCCUGAAGUUCCAGCCGACGAGUGAUCUUGGAGAACAUCUGAAGCUUGACCAGAAGCUCGGGGUGGUGCAUAUCUUCCAUCACACAGCUUUCCUGACCGAACACCUGAUCGCAAGCCAGUCAAUCUCCACGACGGUCUCCGUCGGCAAAGCCAUCGAACUGGCCAACAUUCCACGCCAACUGGCGCUCGAGUCGCUCGACUCGGUACAACGAAUCCUCUUCCCACCCGACAUACACUCACAGUCCCUCCUGCGCUCCCUCGUCUCCAAAGCCGCUUUUGACCCCGACUGCCUGCGCUUUGAGUCCGCCCCUUACCGCUCCGACGAUGAAAACGACAUCACCUACCAUCACUUCUGCUCUAGGCUGAUGGACCUCUAUGACGAGACCAUCAGUCCGACGCCACGCAGCCUUGUCGACAAAUGGGUUGAAAAGAGAAGCGGUGCGAGACAUGUCAUGAUGGCGACACUCGUCGGUGUAAUUAUCGCCAUCAUUCUCGGAAUACUCUCCCUUGCUGUUUCGAUCUUCCAGGCUUGGGUCGGGUAUCAAGCGUGGAAACAUCCCCUACCCAAUGUCUGAGCUCACAACGCAUCCAGGGGAGGCUCAAAUCUUCGACUCCAUGGGGUCGCUCUCUAAUGUUCUCGAAAAUCGUCCAUCUCUCUGGUUGCUGCUCUCUCGAACUUAGCUCUGCAUUAAAUCUUCCCAGCGCAUCUUGGCAGUCAAG